GCUAGGUUAGUUACCUGUGAGUACAGCCGGUACCAGUGGAGUUAUAUAUGUGUAGUAGAGGGUUUACAACACCCCAGCUAAGACACAAGAACUGAGGUUUAUUUCAGAUAUUAAUUUGAUACAGCUGAUGUGCUGAUGGUGGAACCAUGGCCGCCGAGCAGAAUACAGACAGUUUGAGCGUGAAGGCAUUAAAGGACCACACGGACCGCACAGAAGCCUCCCCCAGUGGUAACCGCACCUCAUUUCGGCCCCGGGCAGCGUCUAUCAUCUCAGAGUCCGGGUCCGUGGCCUCAGGAGGACCCAAUGUUAAGGGUGACUUGAGGAAGAUGACCACACAGAAGAUGGUGAUGACUGGACUACGUAAGAUGAGUAUUGUGGCCAAGGACGUGCUGACAAAGAGGAGGAUGAGCAAACCCGCCAUACAGUUACAGUACGAGAACACGUACAAAAUGCACCCGGAUGACGGUACCAAGUUUGCGUCCUACCGAGUAGAGGAGGCGGUGAGAGGGGAGCUGGAGAAACACCUUGAAGAUAUGAAAUACGACCCUACAAAGACUGCUCGGCUCACAAAGCAAAUCUGUGACAAGAUUUUAGACAAAGUGAAGGAUCUAAAUUUCCCGCGUUAUAAGUUUGUGGUGCACGUGACAAUGGGCCAGAACGGCAACCAGGGGAUGGUGGAGGCAAGCCGGUGUAUCUGGGACGACAAGACGGAUAACUACGCCUGCAUUACGUAUAAAAACGCCUCCCUGUUUGCCAUAGCUUGUAUUUAUGGGAUGUACUUUGAGUAAAGACGGAGCAGAAAAGAAUGAAAUCAAAAAUAGUGUCAAACACGUGCCAUGACAAUGCGUUUUUGUUUUAGGUGAUGUAAUCACAAACUU